AUGGCUUGUUAUCAUUCUCUUGUAGCAAUUUUGAUUAGUACAUUAUCGAUAACUCCUAUUUUGCCAGUUAAUGGUUAUUGUUUUGCUCAUCCUCGAGUCGAAAAUGGUUUGGUAACAUAUAAUUUUUUAUCACCUAUACCUGAAAUGACAUACAGUACUGGUUCACUAGCCGCACUCUCUUGCAAUCUUGGAUUCAUGGUAAGCGGUUCAGGUACCACCACAUGUACUUCUGCAGGCUCCUGGGAACCAGCCCUCGGAUCAUGCGUAUUAAUCUCAGAGGUAAUGGCUUCAAAAACACUUCCUACUUGUGGUCCAGCAAAUCAUGCAAUGGGCAUCAUUACUUAUGUUCCAGGCACUUUACCUGCGCGAUUCCAAUCAGGUGCUGUGGCUACACUUACUUGUCCAGUCGGACAAAAAGUAGUAAAUGGUGCGUCUCGGGCUACAUGUGAAAAUGGUACAUGGUCUGCUAAGUUGGGCGCGUGUAAGCAGGCUAAGUUCUCAUUAUAA